AUGGAGGACAUUGGAGUGACCUGUUCAGGUCCCUUGCCUGCACGGCUGGUGAACGGUAGCAACAUGUGCUCUGGGAGAGUUGAGGUCUAUCAUAACUCAGUCUGGGGGACUGUCUGUGACAAUGGCUGGGAUCUCAGUGCAGCGAACGUGGUCUGCAGAGUGUUGAAUUGUGGUACAGCCCUGUCAGCAGAAGGAGGAGCCUCCUAUGGAGAGGGGACUGGUGUCAUCUGGUCGUAUAAUGUGAGCUGUCCAAUGCCCAUACGGCUGGUGAAUGGUACCAACAUGUGCUCUGGGAGAGUUGAGGUCUAUCAUAACUCAGUCUGGGGCACUGUCUGUGACAAUGGCUGGGAUCUCAGUGCAGCGAACGUGGUCUGCAGAGUGUUGAAUUGUGGUACAGCCCUUUCAGCAGAAGGAGGAGCCUCCUAUGGAGAGGGGACUGAUGUCAUCUGGUCGUAUAAUGUGAGCUGUAAUGGGACAGAGCUGACCCUUGACCAGUGCUCUGCCAACAAAUGGGUGGGGACUAAUUGCACACACAGCCAGGAUGCUGGAAUUACCUGCUCAGGUCCAAUGCCCAUACGGCUGGUGAAUGGUACCAACAUGUGCUCUGGGAGAGUUGAGGUGUAUCGUAAAUCCAGCUGGGGAACUGUCUGCAGCAAAGGCUGGGAUAUAAAUGCAACGAGCGUGGUCUGCAGAGUGUUGAACUGUGGAACAGCCCUGUCAGUAACACAAAAUACCUCCUAUGGAGAGGGGACUGGGGACAUCUGGUUGAAAGAUGUGAGGUGUGAUGGGAGAGAGUUUUCCCUUGAUCAGUGCUCUGCCAACCCACAGGUGGGGGAUACAUGCAGACACAUGGAGGACAUUGGAGUGACCUGUUCAGGUCCCUUGCCUGCACGGCUGGUGAACGGUAGCAACAUGUGCUCUGGGAGAGUUGAGGUCUAUCAUAACUCAGUCUGGGGGACUGUCUGUGACAAUGGCUGGGAUCUCAGUGCAGCGAACGUGGUCUGCAGAGUGUUGAAUUGUGGUACAGCCCUGUCAGCAGAAGGAGGAGCCUCGUAUGGAGAGGGGACUGGUGUCAUCUGGUCGUAUAAUGUGAGCUGUAACGGGACAGAGCUGACCCUUGACCAGUGCUCUGCCAACAAAUGGGUGGGGACUAACUGCACACACAGCCAGGAUGCUGGAAUUACCUGCUCAGGUCCAAUGCCCAUACGGCUGGUGAAUGGUACCAACAUGUGCUCUGGGAGAGUUGAGGUGUAUCGUAAAUCCAGCUGGGGAACUGUCUGCAGCAAAGGCUGGGAUAUAAAUGCAACGAGCGUGGUCUGCAGAGUGUUGAACUGUGGAACUGCCCUGUCAGUAACACAAAAUACCUCCUAUGGAGAGGGGACUGGGGACAUCUGGUUGAAAGAUGUGAGGUGUGACGGGAGAGAGUUUUCCCUUGAUCAGUGCUCUGCCAACCCACAGGUGGGGGAUACAUGCAGACACAUGGAGGACGUUGGAGUGACCUGUUCAGGUCCCUUGCCUGCACGGCUGGUGAACGGUAGCAACAUGUGCUCUGGGAGAGUUGAGGUCUAUCAUAACUCAGUCUGGGGGACUGUCUGUGACAAUGGCUGGGAUCUCAGUGCAGCGAACGUGGUCUGCAGAGUGUUGAAUUGUGGUACAGCCCUGUCAGCAGAAGGAGGAGCCUCGUAUGGAGAGGGGACUGGUGUCAUCUGGUCGUAUAAUGUGAGCUGUCCAAUGCCCAUACGGCUGGUGAAUGGUACCAACAUGUGCUCUGGGAGAGUUGAGGUGUAUCGUAAAUCCAGCUGGGGAACUGUCUGCAGCAAAGGCUGGGAUAUAAAUGCAACGAGCGUGGUCUGCAGAGUGUUGAACUGUGGAACAGCCCUGUCAGUAACACAAAAUACCUCCUAUGGAGAGGGGACUGGGGACAUCUGGUUGAAAGAUGUGAGGUGUGACGGGAGAGAGUUUUCCCUUGAUCAGUGCUCUGCCAACCCACAGGUGGGGGAUACAUGCAGACACAUGGAGGACAUUGGAGUGACCUGUUCAGGUCCAGUGCCUAUACGCCUGGUGAACGGUAGCAACGUGUGCUCUGGGAGAGUUGAGGUCAAUCGUAACUCUGUCUGGGGAACCAUUUGCGAUGAAGGCUGGGAUGUAAAAGCCGCGAACGUGGUCUGCAGAGUGUUGAACUGUGGCACAGCCCUGUCAGUAGAAAGAGCCUCCUAUGGAGAGGGGACUGGGGUCAUCUGGUUGUAUAAUGUGAGCUGUAACGGGACAGAGCCUACCCUCGAUCAGUGCUCUCCCAACCCAUGGGUGGGGACUAACUGCAUACACAGCCAGGAUGCUGGAGUUACCUGUUCAGGUCCGAUGUCAGUGCGCCUGGUGAAUGGUAACAACAUGUGUUCUGGGAAAGUUGAGGUCUAUCGUAAUUCCGUCUGGGGAGCUGUCUGUGCCAAUGACUGGGAUGCAAAUGCAGCGAGCGUGGUCUGCAGAAUGUUGAACUGUGGGACGGCCCUGUCAGCAAAAAGAGAUGCCUACUUUGGAGGGGGGACUGGGGACGUCUGGUUGGAUAAUGUGAAGUGUAAGGGGACAGAACCUGCCCUUGAUCAGUGCUCUGCCAACCCACAGGCAGGGCCUAACUGCGCAUGCAGCAAGUAUGCCGGAGUGUUCUGCUCAGGAGCUCCAGCUGCUCUCAAGUCAAGCCUAAAAGACAAGAUAGAAGAGCUGAAAAAGAAGGGAGUUAUCAAAAAAAUGACAACUCCUACAUACUGGAUUAGCAAUAUGGUAGCAGUGAAACAACCUGGAAAGCUGCGAGUGUGCUUAGACCUGAAGGAUCUAACUGAAGCGCUGAGGAGAUCUUACUAUCCCAUGCCAACCAUCAUAGGAAUUUUGCCACAACUUGCCAAGGCAAAGAUAUUUACUACCCUAGAUGCAAAGGAUGAUUACUAG